AUGGCCUCGCCAUAUGCAGAAGUUGCUGGCAAGCGGGUUCGACAGGCCUGUGAGCCCUGCAGACGGAAAAAGGCUAAAUGCCACGGGGAGCAGCCGGUUUGCUCUUUGUGUGCUAGGUUGCGCCAAGAGUGCGUAUAUGCGGAGUCAAGACGCCGACAUGUACCACCGGAGGAUCAGUCGAGGUCGAGUGUCCCGCCUCCGGGUCCGCCCCUACAUGCAUCGUCUCCAAAUCUCGAAGAUCGACUACGCAGCUUAGAGGGAAAGCUGGGAGCAGUGCUUGAUCAUUUGGGAUCUAGAGCUGAGCAUUCGAUGCCAAAUGAUGUUCUCUCUGCGACGCCGUCGGGCAUUGGCUCGUCUGUAAUUCUGCCGCCGUGGGAAGAUAUCAUCCCUAUAGCAGAGCUUUACUUACUGUAUUGUGAAUCUCAGCCUCUGCCUCUGUUCCACAUAAGUAGCUUCAUCACCAGUCUUCAAGGGCGCGAUAUUGAGAUCAUAUAUGGAAUUCUGGCUCUGAGUCUCAGAUUCUCCGACUCAUACCGCAAUUACCACAACUUAACAGAAUUGGUGAACAGCUAUGCAGAAGUGGCGCGGGGUCUGGUUAUGAAGCGGGUCUCCGAGGGGCCAGUCGAAAUUUCAACCCUCCAGUGCCUGUGUCUCUUGAGUCUAGUUGACUUUACAAAUGGAAAUACACACCGCUCCAGCAUCCACAGCAGUCUGGCAGUGAACCUUGCACGCUGCGCCAACCUUGGCCUCGAGUCUCGUGCAACGACAAAUAACAUCCUCCGCGAAGAGCGAAGGCGAUGCUAUUGGAGCAUAUUUCUUCUGAAACGCAUACACGGCGGCGACUUCUCCAUUCUAGAUCUCCCAGAUGCCGGAGGUCCGCCCUACCCCCAGAGUCCCACCCGACCAGCCCGUGCCAUCUCUCCUGUUCCCCCGACCCCAGGUGUCCGGCGAAGUGAGCUGCAGGACCAGGGAAUCGUCGCGUACGUCAUCAUGCUGAGCGAGGCGUUUGGAAGAACUGCUCGAUACGUGCGACACCGCGGUCGCCCGGGUAAUGUGCCGCCUUGGUCGCCGGACUCCGAGUACUCGAAGAUCAUUGCCUUGCAGAUGGAUCUGGAAACUCUCAUGCCGCUGACGCACCGCUUUAAGCCCGCGAACCUGAGUGAUAGGUCGUUGGAGGAAUUGCAGACUCAUAGAGAGUAUUGGGGUCCGUGGUUUUUAAAUCAGUUCAUGUACCACACCAUCCUCUGUCUCCUCAAUCACCCGUUGCUCCUGUCGUUGAGUCUGCGUACGUUUCGAAGUACCAUUCCUGAGAUUUUCUUGCAACAUACUUCGGAUUUAAUCUCGUCUCAUACGACUUGGAUCAUUCAUUUCAUCAACUUUUUUGAAGAGAAGUCUUUCUUGGUGUCGGAUCCGUUGCUGGGGUAUAGCGCUGCGGUCGUGGCUACUAUCGAGCUCCAGUUAAGCUUCACGGAGAAUCCGGCUAUUAGAGAACAGAAGCGAGACCGGUUUGCGAAAUGUGUUAAAUUUGUACAACAAAUCGGUGAGAGGUGGCCUCAUAUGGCUCGCUUGGCAGAACGACUGGAACACCUGGAAAAUGCUGUUUCAGCCACAUACCAAUCUGAUCCGGGUGUCCAGAACCAAAGUCUUCUGAUUGAUCUCUCUCGCUUCUGGGAAAUCCUCGAGUACUCAUCAAACAGUGAUGUGGAUUCCGCCAGACGUUUAUUCGGAAAUUCGCUUUACACCGGGCCCCCCACUGUGGCUAAUGAGGUAUCGCAAACUUCGCCUUUACCGGCACCGACUCGGUUGAAUGCACUAGAAGAAUCGUCUUCGACUCUUCAAUCCCCGAACUUCAAUGCCAAUCCCGUCUUUUCCAAUGGGCCGGAUUAUUCUCAAGGCGCGCUGCUGGCACCGCAGCAGCUGGCUUUGUCCAACGAUGACUUCUCCAUCCUUGCGACCAACUUCUUCUCACAGGGGCAAGAGUUUCUUCGGGGUAGUGAUAGUUGGGAGAACGUUGGAAACUUCUAA